AUGAGCGAAGCUAGCAGCGAAUUCUACUAUCCGCUCUACUCGGCGCUCGGCUAUUUCGCCUUUGUGUUUGGCGUCGGCGAAAUCUCCCGAAUUGUGAGUUAAUCGAAUGUUUUCACGUUUUUACAUCUAUACACGUCUAGAAGACGUAUUUUUCCACGUUUUUCGGGCGGAAAUCGAGUGUUUCGUGGUAGAUUUAUUUGUUUUCGUGGCAAGACGCUUCGCAAAAUUUUGCCCAAUGCGCCUUUAAAGUAUUUUUCGCUUUCUGAGUAAAAAAACGCGGAUCUUUCAAUGAUUUCUUUGCAAAUUUUGACAAUAAUUACGCCCAAGACGAUUGUUACAAUUUUGCAGCUCGCCGCCAAGUACACGAAAGGAAACGCGCAGCUGUUUCUCUAUGAGCUCAUCGGAACCAUCCAAAUGUGCACGUGCGUCUAUGAAAAUGGUACCAAUCAGUUUUUCCACACGUUCUCCUAACCUUUUCGCCCUUUUCCAGGCGUGAUCUUCAAAAACUACGGUUUUCCGGCGAUCUUGUGUGCGUGGGCCUUCUGCUGACCGCCGGCGGCCUGUUCAACCGCGGAGCCCUCACGAAUUGCGCUCCGAUCAUCGAGCAGUACUACUACAACAACUGCAGCUCGACGAAGCUGCUCACCGUGCUCACCGCCCAGCUCAUCGGCGCCACGUUCGCCUCAAAGUUCGCGUACGCCAUCUGGAAUCUGACGGCCGCCUACUCGACGGCGCACUUUGAGAAUGCCGCGCAACUCGAUUGCGUUCUGCAGUAUAAGGUGAGUUCAGGCUUCGAAAACCCGAAAAAACUAAAUAUCUGCAGCAAUCCGCGGGAGUCGUCAUCGGAUUCGAGAUCGCCGGAGCGUUCCUGGUUCGAGUCGUCGUCGCCUACCUGGCCGCGCGUCCGUCGCUCGCCAAGACCAUCCCAUUCGCAAUUUCGCUCUACCUUACCGCCGGUCAGUGUUCGACUUUCCUCAACUGAAUUCCCAACAUCCCAUUUCAGCGCUGUACAUCGUCGGAGUGCCGGGCCUCAAUCCGAUUGUGGCGACCGCCCGUCUCUACGGCUGCCAGGGAAUCGACAAUCACUCGUUCCUCGUCCUCUACUGGGUCAGUGUCUAGCACUUGCUUAUUGAUUACAAAACGUUUGCAGAUCUGCCCGAUCGUCGGCUGGAUCCUUGGAUCGCACUUUGUCGGCACCGCCGGUCCCGUCAAAAAAUCGUCGAAAGAGGCGAAGGCGGAGAAGAAGCUGAAGGCGGCUAAGAAGGCCAACUAA